AUGCCUCCAACUAAGGCUGAUCAAUUGGCUCAACUCCGUGCUGCAAGAAAGGCUGGCAGGACAAACUUCUCGACAUAUGAAGUUCAAGAUGAGGAACAACUUUACGAGACAGUCGACGAGGACAGUUACAAGAAGCUUGUGAGGAAGAGACUCGACCAGGAUGACUUUGUCGUCGACGACAACGGCGAAGGCUAUGCAGACGAUGGACGCGAAGACUGGCAGAACGAACGACAACAAGAUUAUGAUGAUGAGAGCGACGACGAUAUGCCUGCAAGGGGCAAGGCUGCAAAACGUAAGCGUGAAGAAGACGCCCAGAAGAAGGAGAAGAUCAACAAAGGCAUCAGCAAGUACUUCAACGCAAAUCCCUCCGUCGCUGCUCCCAAGCCCAAGCAGGCUUCAACCGCCGAAGAUGCUGCUUUCAUGGCCGAUCUCCUCGGUGAGGUCAAUGCCAACAUCCCCUCAUACAAGCCUAGAUCGACAAUGAAUCCUGUCAAAACCGAGAGCCGCCGCAAGACCAGAGUUUUGUCACCGCCAGUCGAACAAAUGAACCACAUCCCUCGAUACGAACCAAGAGCUCAAAAGGGCGACUCUCCACCACCACCUGUUGACGACGACACCUACUUCCCCAUGGACGAAGGUCUCUUUCCGCCGCCCGAGGACAACGAUGUACCAAUGAGCGAUCCUCUGCCUUCAUCCCCUGUUGCAAAGGCUGCACAACGAAAAGAGUCGAACGUGAAGGUCGAGGAAGACGAGGAUGAAGAUACGCUCGAGGUUGCUCAAGUCACAAAUCAGUCUUCCCGAAGCACAGCAGCCAUCAACAUGCGUGGAAACAGACCAGUCCCUAAAAUCACAAAGACAGAUUACCCGACACCAGCAAGCUCUUCUCCUUCACGGCAGGUCCCUGAAGCAAUUGAUACGGCUGCAUUGACGAACGUCACCGACAAGUUGAAUGUAUUGAGCAGUUCUGGUGUGGAGACUGUCACGUUCGGUAAGCUGGAUCCCCAACACGCUCAAGAGGAGGAUGGCAGUGUACGGUUCUUCUGGUUCGACUACACAGACAUCAAUGGCGGUCUCUGUUUGUUUGGCAAAGUCAAAGAUAAGUCGACUGGUCGCUUCGUCAGUGCCUUUGUCAAGGUCGAUAACAUCAUGCGCAAACUCUUCUUCCUCCCUCGUGAACACCGCCGGAAGCAUGGUCGCGAGACAGACGAGGAAGUAGAGAUGGGCGACGUCUACCAAGAAGUUGAUGGCCUCAUGUCCAAGUUCAAUGUCAACAUGCACAAGAUCAAGCCAUGUUCGAGGAAAUACGCCUUUGAGUUGCCAGACAUCCCGAAAGAGGCCGAUUACCUGAAGUUGCUUUAUCCAUACGACAAGCAGCCACUACCUAUGGACAUCCAGGGAGAGACUUUCUCACAUGUUUUCGGUACCAACACUGCACUUUUUGAACAAUUCGUUCUCUGGAAGAACAUCAUGGGUCCUUGUUGGCUCAAGAUUGACGCAAACAGUAUCAACUUCAAUGCUGUCAAAAACGCUUCCUGGUGCAAAUUGGAGAUGCUUGUCGACAAACCUCAGGGCAUCUCGACUCUUGGGGAUACUGACAAUCUUGAUGCUCCCCCAUUAACUUUGAUGAGCAUUGCCCUCAGGACAAAACUGAACGAGAAGGACAACAAGCAAGAAAUCUUGCUUGCCAGUGCUCGUAUUUACGAUAGCAUGUCACUCUCAGACACCACCGCACCAGAGAAACUCCCUUGCAAGACAUUCACAGUUAUGCGUCCCAAUGGUCCAGAUUACCCAGUAGGCUUCAAGACAGAUGCCGAAAAGUAUCGAGGCAACAUUCAGUUGGAGAGGAGCGAAGGUGCACUUCUCAGCAAGUUCUUGGCCUUGCUAGACCGUAAUGAUCCUGACGUCUUGAUCGGCCACAGACUUGACGAUGUUGACUACACUCUCUUGCUCAACAGAAUGCGAGAAUGCAGAACUCCUGGUUGGCAUCGCAUUGGUAGACUGAAGCGUCAUGAAUGGCCCAAGAACAUCGGCAAGGGUGGUGGCAGUUUCUUCGUUGAGAGACAGCUCGCUGCCGGAAGACUGCUUUGCGAUCUGGGCAACGAUAUGGGCAAGUCUUUGAUGACAAAGUGUCAGUCCUGGAGUCUGGACGAGAUGUGCGACCUUGUUCUUGGUGGCGAGAACAAGCGUCGUGAUAUCGAUAAUGAUGUAUUGCUCAAGAUGGCCACCAACAGAGCCGGUCUGAUGCAAUACAUCAAGCUUACAGAAGCAGACACAUUUUUCAUUGCCGCGAUCGCUAUGAAGGUUCAGAUGCUUCCAUUGACCAAGGUCCUCACAAACUUGGCUGGAAACUCCUGGGCCAGGACAUUGAGUGGUACUCGUGCUGAGCGUAACGAGUACAUUUUGCUGCACGAGUUCCACAAGAACAAGUACAUCUGCCCUGACAAGAUCUGGGGCAAGGGUAAAGCCAAGUCUGAUGAAGACAACCCGGAAGGUGAUGAGGGAGCAGAUGCAAAGAAGAAGGACAAGUUCAAGGGUGGUCUGGUCUUCGAGCCCGAAAAAGGCUUGUACGACAAGUUCAUCCUUGUCAUGGACUUCAACUCUCUGUACCCCAGUAUCAUUCAAGAGUACAACAUUUGCUUCACCACGGUCGAGCGGUCGGAAAGUAAUGACGACGAAGAGAAGGUUCCCGAGGUCCCAACAGAUACCAAUAACAAGGGUAUCCUCCCGCGACUGAUUAGAACACUUGUCCACCGUCGUCGCGAAGUCAAGAAGCUCAUGAAGGACAAGACUGCCACCACUGAUCAACUUGCUACAUGGGAGAUUAAGCAGAUGGCCCUGAAGCUGACUGCCAACUCGAUGUACGGAUGUUUGGGUUACACCAAGUCACGCUUCUACGCUCGUCCGCUCGCCAUGCUCACCACAUACAAGGGUCGUGAAAUUCUGCAGUCAACCAAGGAUCUCGCAGAGUCUGCCCAUGGUCUGAGAGUCAUCUAUGGUGAUACCGAUUCAGUCAUGGUCAACACCAAUGUUGACAACAUCAUGGAUGCCAUGAAGAUCGGUAACGAGUUCAAAAAGAGCGUCAACGAGCGGUAUGAACUUCUUGAGAUUGAUAUUGACAACGUCUUCCGCCGCUUGCUUCUGCACGCAAAGAAGAAGUAUGCUGCUGUCAACAUGAUCGAGAAGGAUGGCAAAUGGAUCGACAAGCUCGAGGUCAAGGGUCUCGAUAUGCGCAGAAGAGAAUACUGUGCAUUGAGUAAAGACACCUCGACCGAGCUCUUGAACUUCUUGUUGUCAGGCGAAGACCCUGAAACUGUGGUGACUCAGAUUCACGACCAUCUCAGGGAAGUCGCUUCGCAGAUGCGUGCCAACACCAUCCCUCUUCGCAAGUACACGAUUUACACGCAACUUGGAAAGAACCCCAAGGAGUAUCCCAAUGGAAACAGCAUGCCUUCUGUCCAAGUUGCCUUGAAAUUGAUGGCCAAGGGCAAGCAUGUCAAGGCCAAGGAUGUCAUGUCUUACAUCAUCUGUAACGACUCUUCUGGCAGCGCAGAGAAGGCAGCAAACAAUGCCUUCCCAGUUGAUGAAGUUCUUCGUGCAGAGAACGAACUCAAACCUGACAUUGACUACUACCUGCACAAGCAAAUUCUACCACCAGUGGAACGUCUCUGUGCUCCUAUCGAAGGCACCAACGUCACUCUACUUGCCGAAUGCUUAGGUCUGGAUACCAGCAAGUACCGCGUAAGCAGUGCAAGCGGCGGCAACAGCUACAACGCUGAAACAGAAAUCCACCCUCUCGAAUCUCAAGUCCCAGAUGAGAUCCGCUACAAGGACUGCACACCACUGGGUCUGCUGUGUCUGUCCUGCCGCACGCCCUUCCAAUUCCGCGGUUUGGGUGUUUCUCCUACACCUGAUGCUGAAAAGCUCACUGCAGUUGUCGACAACGAUGGCAUCCAUUGCCCUUCUUCCUCUUGCGGCGCUUUAAUGCCCCAACUCGCCCUUGCAGCGCAACUAGAAAGUCAAAUCCGCGCACACACAGCCCAAUACUACGCUGCCACCUUGAUCUGCGACGAAGCCACCUGCGGCAACCGCACACGCCAAAUGAGCGUCUAUGGCACUCGCUGCUUAGGUCCACGCGGUCUUGCUUACGGCUGCACGGGCAAAAUGCAACUCGAGUACUCUGAGAAACAACUCUACAACCAACUCAUGUUUUUGUCAAGAUGCUUUGAUGUCGAGAAGAGUGCUCAAGAAGCUGGCAAGAAGAAAAACGAAGAUGCGGAGAGAGUGGGUGUGCUUGCUGAGAUGAACAGACAUAAGUUUGGCAUUUUGAGGGCUGUGGUCGAGGGAUAUUUGGAUAAGAGUGGGUGGGGAUGGGUUAGUAUGGAUAGUUUGUUUGGGUUUGCACUCAAGGCUUUAGUUUAG